UGGUAUAGAAUUAUUGAUCCUAACAGUAGGACUCAGCAUGACCUUAUUUCAAAUCACGCUGCAUUCCGGCAACAACAUAGAAGUGAUAAGGUACGCUCUCUACGUGAUUGCGCAACUGGUGCACUUGUUCGUCUUUUGUUGGGAAGGUCAAAGACUGAUAGACCACAGUCUGCAAAUACGUGACAAAAUAUACAACUGCAGCUGGUACGAAAUACCCGUAAAGUCACGAAAGCUAAUGCUGCACGUAAUAACAAAGAGCCUGCAAUCCAACACCCUGAGCGCCAGCAGGAUCUUUAUUUUCUCUCUGCAGGGCUUCACCACGGUUUUACAAACGUCGAUGUCAUAUUUCACCGUGCUUUCGUCUGUCCAAUAA